AUGCUGCUGGACUGGGGGACUGUCAACACAGCCUUGGAAGAAAGCUCUGCUCCGCUGGCAGGGCCAAGAGCCACCCAGGCCCGUCAUCUGGCGGUGGCCGAGGGCUGGCGAGCAGACAGGCAGUGCUGCGCCGACGUGGCCCUGGCCACAGCCCGCAGCCUGGAGCUGUUGCUGCUCAAGCCGCGGAGGUUCAUGAACCUCAACGGGCUCAGCGUCGCCAGUGCCGCUGAGAUCUACAACCUCCACCCAGAAGACAUUUACCUGGUUCAUGACGACCUGGACAAGGCCCUGGGCAAGGUGGCGAUCAAGCUGGGAGGCAGUGCAAGGGGACACAACGGGGUCCGAUCCUGCAUCAGUGCUCUGCACUCCAAUGAGAUGACCCGGCUCAGGGUCGGCAUCGGGCGGCCGGAGGGUGAAGUGACGGUGUCCAGCUACGUCCUGGCUCCAUUCAGCACCGAGGAGCAGGAGAGGCUGGAGCAGGUCCUGGCCCAGGCAGCGACGUUCCUGCUGGAGCACAUCAUGCGGAGGAGAGCGCCCGCAGGGGAGCCAGGGAACAGGGGCUGACAUGAACCCCCAGGGACCCGCGUGGCCGAUGGACGGAGCGCUGUGGACUCUCCAGGGUGACCGUGGUGCGGAGCAGAGCUGGCCCUGCUGGGCAGCCUGGCCAGGUGCUGGGGCAGCCCCAGUCGGUCCCCACACAGAUAUGGGCAGCUCGUAUCCCACUCAAACCCCUGCAGUGGCUUCAUACGGCAGAUCAGCACAGAAAUGAAAUAAACCCUCGCCCCUGGCUCUGC